CUGGAGUCUUGUCUGGUUUCUUAAAGUGUCCAAGGAAGUUUGGACAGAUGUUCUCCAGGGAGACGGGUGACACAGCGAACUUGUUCACCGGUGUGGUGUUGCAUUGGAUCAAGCGUAACAAAAUUGAAACUAAUGUCAAAAAGUCGAAAUAGGGUGUCAGUUUAGAAAUGUUGUAAGUGCAAAAGGUUGUAACUCGAAACGUAAGUGAAGGACUGCCUGUAUCUGAAGCCCCAGGCUGAAGAGUGGGGGAGGAAGGAGACUUGCCGGUGGUAGCGCCACAUGGACUUGAAUGCUUGAGCUCUGCUCAAUCCAGGGGAUUUGGAACAGAUUUGGCUGAUUUGGUCUAAGACAAAAUUAAAAAAAAAAAAGGAGAGAGUAAAACUAGUCUCACGGACGGUGUAAACCUAGCUUUCGUUCCCUGCUCACGGGUCCCCUGUGCAACACUUGGUCAGCUCUGCUUCCCGAUGAUAGGAGGAGCCAGCACUGAAGGAUCGAAAAGUAACAUCACUAUGAACACUUUGGCCACCACAAGCCAGCUGCACCUCUGGUGACUUUGCUGACAUCUGCUCAAAACCCAAAAAGUCAGAAGGAUCAUGAGACCCCACUUCUGCAGUCUGUAUUCAUACUGAAAAUCAAGACCAAGUGAACUGUUGCUCUUUCACAUGCUUCUGUGUCUGCAAACAAGCAGCAUCCUGAUGUAGUGGGAUGAAAUGUCCAUCUCCUAUGGAGGUGAGUGGCCUCACUUUACACUUGCAGUUGGAAAAAAUAAUUGACUCUUUUCCUUCAUGCCCUUGUAUACUGUGGCCCUCCCUGCCAAACACUUGAACGAGAAUGGGCACUUUCUCAGUACUUUUGAAAAAAAGUCUCAGUUUAUUUGAGUGAGCGGUGUCAAAAGAUACCUGACCAAUAUGCUGCAUCUGGCUCGCAUGCUCCCAGAGGGGCUGGGUCCAUGGCUGAAUUACGGUGUGUGAACCCCUGUUUGGGACAUGUUGUUGGUGAGUAACGGCUGUCUCUUUCUGUCUUUUUCUCCAUUUUCUCCUCUUCUGUGCAUUUGUAUGUUCACAUCCAUUAUGCUAUAACCAGGAAUUGGAAACAUGGCAAGAUAGCUAAACCUGGUAGGCACAAGUGACUACAGAAAAUGGAGACCUGUGGACCAUAAGUGGUGCCUAAGUAUAUUUUUUUGUCUGUGUGAGAGCUUUCUUUCCAAUCUUGGUAAAACAACUGUUUGGAUAUUGUUUAACAAUGUAGACUAGUUUUACCUUUGGCAUAAGUGGCUUUAAUCCCAUUUGAGUGUGGAAUUGUUCAAAUCAACAUUGCAAUCUGUUUUUACUGCACACUUCACAGAGGUUUCCUUUAUUCUCCGGGCAGAAGUUAACCCUCAAGGCUUCCUGACAUUGCUUACCCUGUUGCUGAACAUGGGUCCAGAUGUGGCCCCCAAGGAGUCCCCACAGUGUAGAUCCAGGCCAGCAGGCCAAGGGAGAGUGACACCCCUGAUAGACCUGGUCCUGCAUAACAUUAAAUAUGUAAUAUUUCCUGUGUGACAUUUUCUAGUUCUGGCUUUCUCUCUCAUUGUCUUCUGUGUGUUCAUAUGCUCACAUCCUUUGUGUUAUAACCAAGAAUUUGAAAUAUGGCAAGAGAGCUAAACCUAGUAGGCAGAGGUGAAUACUAAAGUUGGAGAUCUGUGAACCUCAAGUUGUGCCUAGGUACCUUUCAUGUCUUUAGCUACUACGUGUUCAGUAAAUUUGAAGGAUUGUUCCUAAUAAAGAAACAAUCCCUCAUUUACAUUCUCCCUCGUUAACAUUCUUGAUUGCCUCCUUUCUGUGAAUAGCCAGCCUUAUCAUUUUGUAGCUGCUCCUAUGUCUCCCAGUGAGCAGAGAAGUGACACUGAUGACACUGCAGACUCCUACGGUGAAGGUACCUUUGAAACCAGGCAGAAGUCUUAUGGAUUGGAUUCGACUAACUAAAAGUGGAAAAGACUUGACUGGUUUGAAAGGAAGAUUAAUUGAAGUGACUGAAGAAGAACUUGCUAAACAUAACAAAACAGAUGAUUGCUGGAUCUGUAUAAGAGGGCUUGUCUAUAAUGUCACUCCGUAUAUGGAGUAUCACCCUGGUGGUGAAGGUGAACUAAUGAAGGCAGCAGGAGCUGAUGGUACAGAUCUUUUUGAUCAGGUUCACCGCUGGGUCAAUUAUGAGUCUAUGUUGAAGGAGUGUCUUGUUGGAAGAAUGGCACUCAAGCCUAUUGCCCUCCCCAAAGAAUCUACUUCUGCUUUAUCUGAAGAGAAGAAAUGUCUAAAUGGCAUGCUUCCUGAAAGUAAAAUAGUGGGUACUUCUAAAAGUUUCGCUCCAAGCUAUGAUUGGUUCCAAACAGAUUGUUCUGUCACAGUUGUUGUAUAUACUAAACAAAAGGGCAUGAAUUCAGAAAUGGUGAUACUUGACUAUGAAGAUUCUAGAUUGAGAGGAGAGAUCAUUAUAAGGGACUAUUCAUAUCUCUUAAAUAUUGAGCUAAGUAAUGCUGUUCAGGAAGAUAUUGCUGUACAUGUUGCUGAAAAAGUGGGAAAGGUGGAGAUUGUCCUGAAGAAAAAAGAUAAUAUUCCUUGGAAAAAGCUGGGACAACCCUUGGAGAGUCAUAAUUCAUUUAUCAAGCGCACAGACCAAGGGCUUUAUUAUAGAAAGUGUAAAUUGAUUUCCAAAACAGAAGUCACCCAUGACACCAGACUUUUCUGCUUACUGUUGCCACAAAGCACUCAUUUCCAGGUUCCUGUUGGACAGCAUGUUUAUCUCAAACAAAUAGUUACAGGUAAAGAGGUAGUGAAACCAUAUACCCCAGUAUCUUGUUCCCUGCAAACGCAUUUUAAGGAACCAUCUUGCCAUGAUGGAGCAUGUCUAUUUUUAAUGAUCAAAAUUUAUCCCAGUGGAUUGUUCUCAUCAGAACUUGACCGCCUACAGAUUGGAGACUAUAUUUAUGUGAGCAAUCCUGAGGGUAGCUUUCAGAAGUGCCAGGUUCAAACUUUGGAAGAUUUGUUUUUAUUGGCAGCAGGCACAGGCUUCACUCCAAUGAUUAAACUACUGAAUUACGUUCUGACUAACGUUAAUAGUCUCUGGACAGUGAAAUUGAUGUUCUUCAAUAAAACAGAAGAUGACAUACUUUGGAGAGACCAGCUGGAACAGUUAAUCCUUCAAGAUAAAAGAUUUGAGGCUCAGUUUAUUCUUUCAGAGCCAAGUAAAGAAUGGAAUGGCAAACGAGGGAAAAUAUCUUCAUCUCUGCUUUCUGAGUUUUUUAAAAGGAGCAAACAAGAUUCCAAAGUACUUAUAUGCAUCUGUGGUCCAGCACCUUUUACAGAGCAAGGAGAACGGUUUCUGAAGGAUCUUGGCUAUUGCAAAGAAGAGAUCCAUAGUUUUACUGCAUAAGCCAACAUGAAGAUAUCACUGUUUAUAUGAUGCAAUUUUAUUUAUUUACAUUCAUGAUUAAAUUUCAAUUCUUAAAAUGAAAGCCAUUUUGUAUGGCUUAAAAUUUGACUCUUGGUAUCAGAUUAUAUUUCUUGAAUAGAAUAUGUCUUUGGGGGAAAGGAUUUUGUACUGUGUUUUCUCUUGUUUUGUAUUUUUUUUGCUAAAAUUCAACUAGGGUAAUAAUUUAUUGUAGAGGCAAGUACAUUUUUACAGUACACAUUAUAUUAGAUGUUAAAUUUUGUUGGUACACAAGGACUCUUCAUAGCUAUAAUUUAUCACCAUUGUAAGCACUGUUACAUAAAAAUCUACUUGAAACAUUUAUUGCAUUUCUAUAUAUAAAAUGUCUUAUUAGCAAUACUGUCUGAAUUUAAAUAUUGCACUGUUAACUCAGGUAAAUGAUCGCUUCCAGUAUGUUCUCAUUGUUGAUCUCUGAAAUCUGUUUGACUGGUAAGUGAUCGAAACAUGUUAUUGAACUUGUACAUAAUGUUGAACAAUAAAAGAUAAAAUGCCUUUGUAUGACAGUGUAAAUUCAGAUGCAUUAAGUAGUAAAAAGGUUAAAAAUAUGGCACU